UUUUUUUUAUGUGUUCUCUGGUAUAAAAUACACAAUCCGCAAAACUGAUUCAGUUAUAAACACGAUUCAACUUAAAUUAAAAUUAUGGAAAAGUUCGGUAUUGUUCCCAAUGUUAUUGAUGUUGUUCCCGAACAACAACUUGAAGUUGUCUAUCCCAGUGGUGUAAAGGUAGAUCUUGGCAAUGAAUUAACUCCAACACAAGUUAAAGAUGCCCCGUCGGUGAAAUGGACGGCUGAUAAAGAUUCAUUUUACACACUUAUCAUGACCGUUCCCGACGACCCAAGCUUAGGUCCCAAAUAUCGCCAGUAUCAUCAUUGGCUCGUUGUAAACAUUCCAGGUGUAGACGUCCCAAAAGGAGAAGUAUUUACUGAAUAUAUUGGAUCCGGAGCACCACCAAAUGGAGAACUUUAUACGUAUGUUUUCUUAGUGUACAAACAAAAAGGUAAAUUGAACUUUGAUGAACCGAAAUUGACUAAGAAAUCCGCAGACAGAGGUGGAUUUUGUCAUAGAAAAUUUUCAGAAAAAUAUAAUCUUGGGCAACCUAUUGCUGCUAAUUUCUUUCAGGCCCAGUAUGAUGAUUAUGUGCCAAUUUUCUACAAGCAAUUUGAAUCUUAAAUUGUGUUAUACAAUGUUGUUUAAAAUUAUUACUACUGUAUAAGAAUCUUUAAUUUAAUAAAAUCUUGAUUUUUGAAAA